GCAGCGGCAGCGGCAUUUUCCUCUCCGGGCCGUUUUCUAUCAGCCGGCUGGCCGAGGUGAGCAGCAACCGGCCUCCCUCUCGCAGCCACUGCGGUCAGCGGGUCGCGGCUCCUGCUGGGAGAGGCGAACCACAACAAACCCGACGCGUGCUGGAGGUGGUUCUCCUCUCCCUCCUCUCUCCUCCUCUUUCUCCUCGGUCCCUCCUCCUCUCUCCCUGCUGCACAUUUGUCCCGCCGCUUCUCCAGCCCCGGACGUUCCAGACUCAAGAUAAUGAAAUCAAGGAGCUUUGGAUCAUUCUUCUUGCUGCUUGAGAUUUAUUUGUCCACCACCCUGGGAUGGAUGCGUUCAGAGACAAGCAGAAGUGUUCCUGCAGACGUGGGAGGGCUACAAAAGAAGGAAUUUAGAAGCCUUGAAGUCACAAGAAGAAAAGUGUAUUUUGGCCAUGAUGGCCUACAUGCAUCCUGUGAAAACAAGCAUUGUGGCCGAGGGAGUCGUUGUAUUGUAAAUGAAGAGACCCAGAUGCCAGAAUGUCAGUGUUUGGAAGGCUGCAAAUCUUCUUACAUGCCAAUAUGUGGAUCUGAUGGCAAAUUUUAUGAAAACCACUGUGAGCUGCAUCGGGCCUCGUGUCUACAGAAAAAGAAAAUCUACAUUGUCCAUAGCAAGGACUGUUUCUUCAAAGGUGACACAUGCACCAUGGCCGACUACAACCGUCUGAAGCACAUCCUCCUAGACCUACAAGCCCAACGUCACACACAGAGCAGUGUCCCUGGUCCAGAUCCAUCAUCUCAGAAGCACUUCCUGGUGGAAUCUUUGUUUAAGUACUUAGAUUAUAAUAGCAAUGGAUAUCUCAGCAGCUCUGAACUGACUCAGCUAACGAAGGAGAAACCCCUGGAAAAUGACUUUCUUGGUUGUUCACUAGAAGACCUGCUCCGAUUUGAUGACUACAACAACGAUGGCUCCCUCAGUUUGCAAGAGUUCUAUACCACCUUCCAAGUAGUUCAUCUGAGUCUUCCUGAGGAGCAGAGGAUCAUUGUUACUACAGUGACAGUUGGGCUCAGCACAGUGUUAACUUGUGGCAUCCAAGGGGCCCUCAGGCCACCCAUCAUCUGGGAGCGAAAUGGAGUUACCUUAAACUUCUUGGAUUUGGAAGAUAUCAAUGAUUUUGGAGAAGAUGAUUCCCUCUACAUUACCAAGGUGACAACUAUUCACAUGGGCAAUUACACCUGUCAUGCCUACGGCUAUGAGGAGCUCUACCAGACUCACGUCCUUCAGGUGAAUGUGCCACCUGUCAUCCGUGUUUACCCAGAAACUCAGGCCCAGGAACCUGGAGUCUCAGCCAGUCUCAAAUGCCAUGCAGAAGGCAUUCCCACCCCAAGAAUUACCUGGCUAAAAAAUGGCAUGGAUGUUGGACCUAAACUAUCUAAGCAGCUCUCUCUCAUAGCCAAUGGAAGUGAACUUCACAUCAACAGUGUGCGGUAUGAAGACACGGGAGCCUACACAUGCAUUGCUAAGAAUGAAGUAGGUGUCGAUGAGGACAUUUCUUCUCUCUUUAUUGAAGAUUCAGCCAGGAAGACCCUCGCAAACAUACUUUGGCGAGAAGAAGGUCUCAGUGUGGGAAACGUGUUUUACGUCUUUUCGGAUGAUGGGAUCACGAUCAUUCAACCAACUGACUGUGAGAUCAGGAGACACAUCAAGCCCAGUGAAAAGAUUUUUGCAAGCUAUGAAGAAAUCUGCCCUCAGAUGGAAGGAGAGAUCACUCAAUCCUGUCAAUGGGCAUCUGCAGUCAAUGUCAGGAACCGAUAUAUCUAUGUGGCCCAGCCACUACUGAGCCGAAUUCUCAUAAUAGAUGUACAAACCCAGAAAGUUCAGCAGGCCAUAGGUGUGGAUUCACUACCAGCUAAGCUGCUCUAUGACAAGUCGCAUGAUCAAGUCUGGGUUCUAAGCUGGGGAGAUAUGCAGAAGUCCCAGCCAAGCCUGCAGGUAAUACCUGAAGCAAGUGCAGGUGAAAGCCAGCAACAUAUCAUCCGAGUACCAUUUGAAGGAGUGGACGAUUUCUUCAUCCCACCUACAAAUCUUGUUAUUAAUCAUAUCAGGUUCGGCUUUAUCUUUAACAAAUCAAAUUUGACAGUUCACAAAAUGGACCUUGAAACAAUGAUGCUGGUCAAAACCAUAAGCUUCCAUAACUACAGCUGCAUCCCCCAUGCCAUGGCCUACACCCACUUAGGAGGCUAUUUUUUUGUUCAAUGCAAAAAGAAUCAAACUACGCCUGCAUCGUCACAGGUUGUGAUUGACAGCGUUACAGACACAGUGAUCGGCCCCAAUGGUGACAUCAGAGGGGUACCCCACAUGUCUCCUGAUGGGCACUUCUUGGUCAGCACAGAUGAGGACAGUGGCCGGCUCCAAGUGCAGGCUAUAACCGCCCGAGGAGAAAUCCAGCUGUUGUAUGACUUACAGACAGAUGUGCACCUCUGCGAUCUGGCAUUUCAGCCAUCUUUUACUGAAAGCAACCAAUACUAUAUCUAUGCUACAUCACUUUUCCAAACAGACUUACUUUUUAUGGAGGUGUCAUCAGGGAGGGUGGAUAUGCUGAAGAACUUAAAGGAACCUAUUUUAGCCCAGGAUUGGCCGUGGGAUCGCAACACAAGGAUUGUGAAAGACAGUGGAUUAUUUGGACAGUAUGUCAUCACCUCAGCCAAGGAGUCUCUGUUUCUCAUCAAUGGUCGGCAAAAAACAUUACGCUGUGAGGUAUCAGGCAUCAAGAGAGGUAACACAGUGGUUUGGGUUGGAGAGGUAUGAAAAGGUCUCAAAGCAGAGAAAUGAUGGGACCUUGACACUGCAAUGAAUAAGCAGUAGCAUUGUAUAUUUUUACACUGAAGAAAGAAAAAAUCCUGUAUAAGCUUCGUGGUGCAACACUGGUCUCCUUGCAAAUUUUCUAGUAUAAAGUAUGCUCUGCUAACAAGAAUGGGGUUUCCUAGGGGCUUUUCAUUAGGAAGUAUGAUUUAUGCCUUGAGCUGUGACGAGAACAUAUGCUGCAUAAAGGACUCAUUUCUGUGCCAAGGUACAAGCCACUGGGUGAUGCCAUGAAACUGAAAACUUGUACUUUUCUGGGCUGGUAAACUUGUUGAUUGUGCUCAAGUGGUCAGCCUCUUUUCCUUUCUGACUCAGCCCAGCUCCUCUUAACUUCAGGCUUUAAAGCCUAUGGGCAGGAUCCUUAAAAUAGAGGGAAUGUGGAAGAAAUGAAGAAGCUGAUGGAAUAUGGACAUUGAGAUGGAGCGAUCCAAGGAAAUGUGACUCUCUUUUGCCCCAAGUGGUCAUAACUUUUAGAAAGGGCUCUCAGAGCCAAGGGCAAGUGGCAGUGGAACUUUUUCCCUCCUCAAAUUGUAGUAGCUAGGUCCUAAGAAGCUUCCGUGCAUACCCUCUAUGGGGAUUCCUCUCGGUCUCUUCAUCAGGUAUUAUUCUCUCUCUCCCCCUUAGCAUUUGACUUUUUGGUUUUCUUCUUAUUUCUUAUUUCUGCUGCUGUGGGCCUUAAAACCAGCAUGGCUAGAAUACCUUGUCCCAUCCAUAUUGUAUCUCAGAAGGACAGGAGAUUUCAUACCUUUGACUUACUGAAAUUAUUAGGAUUGCACACACUAGUGAGCUAGGUUCUUUCCUAAGGUACAGCAACAUUUCCCCAUGCCUUAUACCAGAUUCCUGGCAGCCUCAUGGGCAUCUAAAUGCCACACCAUACAGCCAGUAUGAAGAUGCCCUGAACUGUUACUAUUAGCAAGGAAGGACGGGCUGAAGAAGUAGCUUUGAAAAACUAUGGUUCUCCACAGAUAAUAUACACAUUUUCCAAACACCUCACAGAUGGAGUUGCCAUAUUGGGAAAGUGGAUAUCACUUCACCAACAUGUUCCAAAGGAUUCUGGGAAAGGGUUGCUAUAUUCAGUUGCCCUUUGUAACUGAACUGCUGCUUACUGAAAUGGAAGAUCUUCAUGGAAAAUCUCUUUAUGAGCUAAGCAUCUCACUAUCAAAGAAGGUACCUAGGCAUAGCCUGGGACUCCUUCAGAAAAAUGAGAGAUGGUAAUAAAAAUGAACAUUUCUACAAGCAUCCUAAAAUGAGUGAGGUGUGACCACACAUGGAUAAAGGGCACGAGGUCGAAUGCUAUAUGUGAUGUGGGUGAGACAACAAUCCUUAAGUCCAUUCUCUGCAAAUUUCUCUGUGGCAAUCCCAUGGGGACAUGGUAAGAUCAUUCAUUCUUAGGGUGUCUGUAUCAUUAAAUUAAAAUACCUGAUUUUGUUCCAGGUUUGUGUCAUGAUUUGAAACUUCCUGACCUUCAUUAUACCAAUCCCAGUGAAACCAGAUAUCGUAUUACAAUGUUUUCUCACCCAGAUGCUUAUAGAUAUUUGUUACCUCAUCAUGUGGCCCCAGGAAAGUCAGAAUCAAAAGGAUGCCAGCUAGCAGUGAUGCAUGAUUUCCUGAAAAUUGCAUCCCUUUGAAGAGAGGCAGGUGAGCAUAAUAGUUCUGACUUACAUCAAAGACAAAUUUGGAAUAGUCCUCAUAUGCACUGCUAAGAAAGUAUGGUUAUUAUUGCAAUUCUCUCUGUCAACAUCAUAAGUCAAAUGUACUCAGAGAGGAAGGAGAGACCCCUAAUGCUUUCUCAGAGCCUGCAAUUCUUUUAAUGUCAAUGGGAUGAAACUUGCCUAAUAGAAACUUUUAGUCUUGAACAAGAAUAUUUGAUCUUAUGAGCCAUAGGAGGUUGGAUGAGGCCCUACCUUCAUCCCUAUGUGGCCAUAAAAAUCUGACCAUAGCCUUCACCUUUGACCGUGUCCUCUGUUCUGCCUCAUCACUGCAAGGAAUCAUGUCUUUCAGGGAAAGGAAGGGAUGGACUUUGUAAGUACUUUUAAAUAUGCACAAUUCCUUUCUAAACCCUGUGUGUGUCUACCCGUUAUCUCUGUUGCCCAGGUGUUCGUGAGCCCCAGCCAUUAUUCUCCUGUCUCACCACCUCCUAUAGCCCUGUUCUUUAGUGUGUUUACUUAGAAAAGGUUAGUGUGGUCGGGAGGAAACUAAAAAGGACUUUUUGCUCUUAUUUUUUAUAAAUGUAAAAUUUGUAAAUAUAUGUUGAUGUCGAUAACUUUGCGAAGGGAAGAUUUAUUCUUUGGACAACUUGGAAGACACAUGUCCCCUGUUUCUCUUCAUUUUAGAGAUUUUGACAGAAUGUCACUUUUGGCUCCACAGGACUUUUAUCAUUUAGGGUGUCGUGCCUAUGCUGUCACUUUCUCCUCCAAAAGACAGGAGGCUUCCAGCCUCCCUCCUUGGGUGGUGUCUUCUAAACAGAAAGACUCACAGCAUGACAAAAUGCUUAUUCGCUUUACAGGAGGGUACAUUGUAGUAUUGCUUUAAAUAAUGAAUUCCCUUAAUACUCUUACUUCAGAUCUACAUCCAGAAGAUCAACAUGUGUAAACACACAUACACACAUGCACAUAUGCACAUAUACACACAUGCACAAAUUUUAAUACCACAUAUGUUGUAUAAAUUUAGUUCACUCUAAAUGACAGAGCAACCAUGAAAUUAGCAAAAUAAAACCUUGUUAUCAAGCUUCACUGAUCUGGCUCCCUUAGCAUAGAGUCCUGAGAUGGUACACAACCCUGUAGGACAGGGGCAGAUAGGAGCCCUUGUCAUCCUUCCUCCUCCUUUUAAACAAUGUGAGUUAUUUCCCACUUUCUCUGUCUGUGAGAUUUGUCAGUCAUUCAGUAUAAAAUGGGAACAUGCAAAUUGGUCCAGCCAGCCUAGACUUGGUUCUAUGCCGUCCAUUCAUUAUUUAGUUCAGGUGUAUAGCAGAUACACUUAAUGUAGUAGAUGGAACAUGGCAUUUGGAAUCAGGAAAAUUCCAGUCUAGCCUCAGACACUUUCUGCCUAAUGACCUUAGAGAAGUCACCUAACCUCUCAGUCUCAGUUUCCUCAUAUGUAAAAUUAGAAUAA